AUGCCGGAUACCGAAAGUAAGAAUACCGGCGAGCGGGUAGACGUAGCUACCGGAGAAGGGACUAUCCAAGGGCAAGCUAUUCCUGCCGCGGGUCCUAGCGGUACUGAUAGGGCGGCUAGUCUUCGGACGCAGGAUUUUCUUAAGAUGGAUCCGCCUACUUUUACCGGAUCCGAUCUUAACGAAGAUCCGCAGGACUUUAUUGAUCAGAUCCAAAGGACCCUAGAGGUGAUGCAUGUAUCGGGCAGAGAGACAGUGGAGUUAGCCGCAGUUCAUCGGUAUGUGGAUGGAUUGGAUCCGUAUUUGGUUAGGGAUUGUACUAUUGCUGCGCUGAAUAAAGACAUGGUUAUAGCUAGGAUCCAAGCAUUUGCACAGAAAAUGGAAGAUCAGAGACAAAGAAAAAGAACACAGGAAUUUGAAAGUGGAUCUUCUAAGAGGGCGAGAUCUACACAGGGAUCUAGUGCUCCACCACAGCAUCAGGGGUUCAGAGGCAGUCAAUUUGGGCAAAGAAGUGAGGGUCAUAGUUCGCGAUCAGUGGGUUAUCAUGGGCAAGGGAACAUGAGCCAAUCGAGAACUUCUCGAGAGCUAUGUAAUCGAUGCGGAAAGCAUCAUAUGGGCGUGCGUCGAAUGGGAACAAAUGUUUGUUUUUGGUGCGGUAUGACGGGGCAUAUGAUGAGAGAAUGCCCACGAAGGAGUGCAGGUGGCGUAACACAACCUUCGGGAUCAGCUGUUGCAUCAUCGUCACCGGUAUCUUAUUCUGGUAGAGGCGUACAACCUGCGGGUCACGCUAGAAAUGAAAAAAGAGUCGUCAGUUCCAGCGGGACUCAGAAUCGCACUUAUGCUUUAGCGGAUCGACAGAAUCUAGAGGCUUCCUCAGAUGUGGUUACGG